UCCACUCCACGCGCAGCCUCAACACUGACUCCCGUCGGAGGAGGGAGGACGAACACACACUCACACACACACACACGCACAAACACACACGCACGCAUACACACACAGACGCACGCGCACACACUGAAAGACACUGACUCGAGAGCGCAGCCGGCGGCGCAAUGAAGAGGAAAGAUGUCCCGCCCGCACCUUUUUGAACAUUUCUGCUCUUUUUACACUUUUUAAACUAUUGUUAUUUUUCAGGAUUGUGUUUUUUUUUUUCUUUUCUUUUUUUUUCCGAGCGGUUCAUUCGCUGCAUUCCCUGCCUGCGUGGUCUCCGCGCCGCUCCACUGGCAGUGGCACUGCGUCCUGGACGCGUCCGUCCGCUCGCUUCCCACGUGAAGAUGCGGUGAGCGCUGCUCCUCAGCCUGAGCCAGGUGUCCAGCAGGUCCACCUGACCCCCCAGUGCCGGACCGCCGUGUCAUGUCAAGGGCUGCGGAGUCGCUCCUCUCCACGGCAAGUUCAAGACCCCCCGUCCCGCCCCCCAACCUUCUCCCGAAGUCCAAAACCCACCAAAAACAAAACCCGUGCGGGGCUCGAUGCAGCUGUCUGGUUCUCCUGAGAGAUCGCACCACAACCCCGAACCAUGCUGCUCCAAUAGAGGACAGCCGUUUUCUGCGAGCGGAUUUUGUUUUUUUAUCUAUGCAUGAUUUUGUUUUUGCCGUGAUCUCGCGCUGAAAUUCCCACGGGAGCUUUCCCACAGCCUGAGCUGGAUGGACACGGCUCCAGGUCAUCACAGCAGUGUGAAGACAGCUUGCCGUGGGGAUAUGAAGCACUCUCAUCUGGAUGGACGCGGAUCCUCUCCGUCCUCAUCCCACAUGCAGCCCUGCUGCGUGCGCCGUUGCGCUGCGUUUUAAACCCGCUUUGGCGCUUAAAACAAACCCCGAAUGCCGCUCCGUCGCGGCCACGCGGCUUCCCGUGGCUUUCACACGCAUAUUCAUACUGAUAUCUGAAGGGGGGAGAAACGCAUGCCUGUGCAUUCCUAAGGUGCGCACAUGUUUUCGGUACACAUAGCUGUCCAGGGGAUUUUUGUCGCUCCGGGGCUGCGAUUGACUGUAAAUUAUUCUAAUUGUCCCCAAUAAUGGAAGGAAAGCGUUUUUCUGAAAGUGUUUAUGACGCCUGCCACAUUGUUCGACGCUAUUUCCGCGGCGCGCGCGUGCCGGAGUGCGAUCCACACUGUGUGGCGUGGGCUUGACGGAGCCCGCGGAAUCCGGCAUGGAAAGUGAAGACCUCCUGAGGACCCCCCCACAUCACUGCGUCUGAAGCGCCGGGGAACAUGGAGCUGUCCGAGGUGCGGUGCUCCAGCGCCAGCGAGGAGCUCUACACCAUUAACAGAACCCCCACCACCACGACCACUUCCACGAGCGGCACCAGCAGCAGCAACAGCAGCUCGAGACCCAAGCGGCUGCUGUGGCAGAACGCCGUGCGCCACAUCACGGAGCAGCGCUUCAUCUCCGAGCAGAAGAGCAUCAUCACCGCGGAGGAGCCGUGCGUGCAGAGCCUGCGCAAGCACUCCUCGGGCAGGACCUCCGUGGGCGACAGGCACAACAACGGGGGCACCAAGGUGUUCCCAGAACGCGCCAGCAGCGACCUGGGCUUCCUGCAGAUCGACUGCGCCCCCAGCAACUCGGACUUCUUCCUCAACUGGGGCUACACGUACCGGGGGGUCAUCUUCCCCACCUUGAGGAACUCCUUCAAGUCCAGGGACCUGGAGCGCCUGUACCAGCGCUACUUCCUCGGGCAGCGGCGCAAGUCCGUGGUGGUCAUGAACAUCCUGGACGUGGUGACCAAGCUGACCCUGCUGGUCCUACACCUGACUCUAGCCUCCGCACCCAUGGACCCUAUCAAAGGCAUGCUCCUCGGCUUCUUCACGGGCAUCGAGGUGGUCAUCUGUGCCUUAGUGGUGGUGCGCAAAGACACGACUUCCCACAGUUACCUGCAGUACAGCGGUGUGGUGACCUGGGUGGCCAUGGCCACGCAGAUCCUGGCGGCCGGCCUGGGCUACGGGCUGCUGGGGGACGGGAUCGGAUAUGUACUCUUCACCCUGUUCGCCACUUACAGUAUGCUUCCAUUGCCUCUCACGUGGGCUAUCAUAGCUGGAUUUGUCACCUCGGCUCUGCACAUCGUGGUCCAGCUGGUGAUCCCCCAAAACGCACAAAUAUCUACAAACCAGCUGGUCGCGCAGGCCGUUCUCUUCACGUGCAUGAACACGGCGGGAGUGUUCAUCAGCUACCUGUCUGACCGGGCACAGCGGCAGGCCUUCCUGGAGACGAGGAGGUGCAUUGAGGCCCGACUCCGUCUGGAAACCGAGAACCAGAGGCAGGAGAGGCUGGUGCUGUCCGUUUUACCCCGGUUUGUGGUGCUGGAGAUGAUCAACGACAUGACCAAUGUAGAGGACGAGCACCUUCAGCAUCAGUUUCAUAAAAUCUACAUCCACCGCUAUGAGAAUGUGAGCAUUCUUUUUGCAGACGUGAAAGGAUUCACCAACCUGUCCACCACCCUGUCGGCUCAGGAACUGGUCAGAAUGUUGAACGAGCUCUUUGCCCGGUUUGACCGCCUCGCGCACGAGCACCACUGCUUGAGGAUUAAGAUCCUGGGAGACUGCUAUUACUGCGUGUCGGGUCUGCCAGAACCCCGCCCGGAUCACGCCCACUGCUGCGUGGAGAUGGGCCUCAGCAUGAUCAAGACCAUCAGGUAUGUAAGGUCUCGAACGAAGCACGACAUUGACAUGCGAAUCGGCAUCCACUCAGGCUCUGUCCUGUGUGGGGUCCUGGGCCUGCGCAAGUGGCAGUUCGACGUCUGGUCAUGGGAUGUGGACAUUGCAAACAAGUUGGAGUCGGGCGGCAUUCCCGGGAGGAUCCACAUCUCCAAGGCAGCCUUGGACUGCCUCAAUGGCGACUAUGAGGUGGAGGAGGGACACGGCAAAGAGCGCAAUGACUUCCUGCGUCGGCACAACAUAGAGACCUACCUGAUCAAGCAGCCUGAGGAGAGUCUGCUCUCGCUGCCCGAGGACAUCGCCAAGGAGUCGGCCAGCGUGACCGGGCGGCGGAGCAGCAGCGCCACCUUCACGGAGGGCUCCUGGAGCCCCGAACUGCCUUUCGACAACAUCGUGGGCAAGCAGAAUACUCUGGCCGCACUUACGAGAAACUCAAUAAAUCUGCUUCCAAACCAUCUCGCGCAAGCUUUGCAUGUCCAGUCUGGUCCUGAGGAAAUUAACAAGCGAAUAGAGAAUGCCAUCGACUUACGGAGUGGCGAUAAGUUGAGAAGAGAGCAUAUCAAGCCUUUCUCACUGAUGUUUAAAGACUCCAGCCUGGAAGAAAAGUACUCUCAGAUGAGGGACGAGGUCUUCAAGUCCAACCUGGUGUGCGCGUUCAUCGUUCUCAUAUUCAUCACCGCCAUUCAGAGCCUGCUCCCCUCGGCCAGGAUGGUGACCAUGGUUGUCCAGUUCUCUGUGCUCAUCAUGCUGCACUCAGCCCUGGUCCUGGUCACCACGGCGGAGGACUACAAGUGUCUGCCGCUGGUGCUGCGGCAGGCCUGCUGCUGGAUCAACGAGACCUAUGUGGCCCGCAACGUCAUCAUCUUUGUCUCCAUUCUCAUCAACUUCCUCGCCGCUAUGAUCAAUAUUCUGUGGUGUGACUUUGACAAGUCGACUACAUUCAGGAACCAGACGUUCAAUGCAUCGGCUUCAAUACCAGAUAUUUGCUUCUAUCCUGAGUACUUUGUCUUCACCGGCGUUCUAGCCAUGGUGACCUGCGCUGUUUUCCUGCGUCUCAACUCCAUCCUGAAGCUGGCCGUCCUGCUCGUCAUGAUAGCCAUCUACUCGCUGCUCACCGAGGCGUUCUACGCUUCUCUGUUUGUGCGUUACGACACUGUCCACCACAACGGAGACAAAAACUUUUUAGGGACUAAGGAGACUUCUCUUCUCCUCAUGGCGAUGUUUCUCCUGGCUGUAUUUUACCAUGGGCAGCAGCUGGAAUACACAGCGCGCCUGGACUUUCUGUGGCGUGUGCAGGCUAAAGAGGAGAUCAAUGAGAUGAAGGAGUUGAGAGAGCACAACGAGAACAUGCUGCGGAACAUCUUGCCAAGUCACGUGGCCCGACACUUCUUGGAGAAGGACCGGGACAACGAGGAGCUCUAUUCCCAGUCAUAUGAUGCAGUGGGGGUGAUGUUCGCCUCCAUCCCAGGAUUCGCCGACUUCUACUCGCAGACCGAGAUGAACAACCAGGGUGUGGAGUGCCUGCGCCUCCUCAACGAGAUCAUCGCCGAUUUUGACGAGUUGCUUGGAGAAGAUAGAUUCCAAGACAUCGAGAAGAUAAAGACUAUUGGCAGCACAUACAUGGCCGUCUCUGGAUUAUCACCCGAGAAACAGCAAUGCGAGGACAAGUGGGGUCACCUGUGUGCCCUGGCCGACUUCGCCAUCGCCCUGAACGAGAGCAUCCAAGAGAUCAACAAGCACUCCUUCAACAACUUUGAGCUGCGCAUCGGCAUCGCUCACGGUUCCGUUGUGGCCGGGGUCAUCGGCGCCAAGAAGCCCCAGUACGACAUCUGGGGCAAAACGGUGAACCUGGCGAGCCGCAUGGACAGCACGGGCGUCAGCGGCAAGAUCCAAGUGCCUGAGGAGACGUUCGGCAUCCUGAAGGAGCGCGGCUUCGCCUUCGAGUACCGCGGCGAGAUCUACGUCAAGGGCAUCAGCGAGCAGGAGGGCAAGAUCCGCACGCACUUCCUGCUGGGUCGCGUGCAGCCCAACCCGCUGAUCCUGCAGCCGCGCCGCCUCACGGGCCAGUACUCGCUGGCCGCCGUCGUGCUCGGCCUCGUGCAGUCGCUCAACCGCCAGAAGCAGAAGCAGAUCCUCAACGAGAACAACAACUCGGGCAUCAUGAAGGGCCACUACAACCGCAGGACUCUGCUCACGCCCGGGGGGCCCGAGGCCGGCCCCCACGCCGAGUCCUCCGACAAGGCCGAGCUGCCGUAGCGGCCGCCGUUCGCAUCUGCUACAUUCGUCUCUUUUUCUU